AUGAAAAGUAUAGUCUCUACCGAGCCCAGUGUUAAUACUUGUGAAGAUUCAAAAAGUAGCGAGUCAUCCUCAGCAAAAAUUAGUGCCGAACAGGAAUUUUGUCUUUAUGAAUUGGAAACAUUAUCUGACUCUUCCAGCAUAGGAUUAGUUUUGCGAGCAAUCUAUGAUACUGGAAGUGUUCACAAAUUUACUCGUGCAUUGGAUAAGCGUAUAACACAUUAUGACAAAAGCAUUUUACGUGUAUGUACCCACCAUUAUCAAGGAUUUUUGGAUUCAUUGAAACAACUUCGUGGUUUAAAAGAAAAAUGUGCUGAAAUUAGAAAAAAUGCAGAAGAAACUAAUCAGCUGGUUCAAGAAGAAAGCCGAGCAUUGUUAAAGCGUAGUUCGGAGAUUGUUCGCUAUAGAAAAUUGCAAAGAAAUGCAAACAAUGCUAUUCAACAAAUUUCUAUGUGUUUGCCAAUGUUGGAGAAUUAUGCCCAAUUGGAGAAAUUAAUGGAACAGAAAAAAUACUUGCAAGCUCUCAAAGUUUUGGAAGAUCUUGAACAUAAUUACCUCAAUCAGUUGCAUAAAUACCGUUUUGCUCAUCAGUUUGCUAAAUCUACUGGCCCAAUUCGUGAUCAAAUACGCGAGCGGUCAUAUUCUGAAUUAACUGAUUUUCUUGAGAAUUUAAUGAAGUCAUCUGAACGGAUUGGCGCUGAUGCUUCUAAACACGUAGAUGAAUUUUACACAAAACAGCAAUUAUGCACUAUUAGCUCUAAACGUUCACAGGCUUGUAGUGUGGAUCCUACAUUGAACAGAAAACAGCAAUCUUUGGACAUUAAACUCUCUGCAGAUGGUUCUGUCAUAAAAACAAAUAUAUCAACUUCAAAUUCAUCUCAAAAUUUACAGCAACAAUUAGCUAAUUCAACUGAAAAACAUCAACCUAUUAAUUGCCGAUUUGAUGCAUAUGAUAAAUUGGAUUUUGGACCAGUUCAUCGUUGCUGUCAAAUAUUUAAUGUUUUGGGUGAUCGUGAGAAAUUUGAAGUUUAUUACCGAAAGCAGCGUUUUGAUCAAAUUCAACUUAUUUUGGAACGGCAUAAUUAUUUGAGUAAAGAAAAUUUAAAUUCAAUUAAUUCAUUUAUUCCUUAUCUUAAUACAAUAAUUGGCUUCUUCAUAAUCGAAGAUCGUAUUGCACAAAUGCAGUCAACGUUGGUUACUGAAUCACAUAAAGAGGAGCUUUGGGAAUUAACUUUAUGUCGGAAAUUGCACAAAUGUUGAUCUUAUUUU